AUGAUCGACCCGUUCACGAGUAAAGCGGCCAUCAAGUCGAAAAGGCAAAAACGAUCUCAAGGAUCGUCUCAUUACAGAACGAAGAAUGCCCCCGAACUGCAGGCUUUACCUCAUCUGAAGGAUACAUCACCCGCAGAACAGCAGGAUCUGUUCAUUAAAAAACUUCAACAAUGUUGUCUAGUAUUUGAUUUUAUGGACCCAGUGUCAGAUUUAAAGAGUAAAGAGAUCAAACGAGCAUGUUUGAAUGAACUUGUGGAUUAUAUUACCGCUACAAGGGGAGUUCUUACUGAACCUGUCUAUUCAGAAAUUGUACGAAUGGUUGUGUUCUCAGCAUCUUCUGUGUUGGACUGUGGUAUGUAUGCUGCCUGCUUACCUGACACUAAAGGAAUGCAUUAUACUACCAGGGAUUUACUCAGAAUAGUGUUAACUGCAAUAUUCCACUUGGCUGCUUAUAACUUCAUCACCUACCCCCCUCUUCCUCCUCAUAUCUCUCUCUCCCCAUCCUACAUUCAUCAAUCUCUUGAUGAAAUAGUUAUUUUUAUCCCCACACAUGAUUAG